UUGAGGGUGUGCUUCAAAGUUAGUCUAAGUUUAGGAAACAGCCUAAAAACAAGUGUGAAAAAUGCCAUCAGCGUUUCGCAGGUGUACGCUGCAGGCCGUCCUGCUCGUCUGCCUAUGCAUGGCCAUAUCGCCGUGGAGCGUCAGCGCUAGCAUCAUUGAAAAACUACGUGAUGAUUCAGAUCUGUCGCAGUUUUAUAGUUUACUAGAGCAAAAUAUUAUUGCAAAUUCCACUUUAACACUGCGGCCAUGCACAGUGUUUGUGCCUACGAAUGCUGCAUUCCAGCGCCAUCAUGGACCCACACAUGUGCUCUAUCACAUAACAACGACACCAAUGACGCAGGAUCAACUUAUAAAGGUCAUACCGUCGGAUAUGGGUGGUAAUCCAUCGUUGUAUAUAACGAAAAAUCGCAAUGGCGAUGUAUAUGUGAAUAAUGCCAGAAUAAUUCCGUCGCUGACGGUCGAAAUGACAAACAGUUUGGGAAUGCGUCAGGUGAUGCAUAUAAUCGAUGAAGUUUUGGUGCCACUUACUCCACUGCCCACUGCCAAAAUUGAGUUCACUAAUUUGGAUGCCUUUCAGUUUCUGCAACAGGCCGAUCUCUUAGAUAUUGGUGAAACUCGUUUGAGAUCGUAUCGUUCACAAGUGACUUUAAUGCGGAAAGAGAAUCUCUACCAAUCGCCAGGUGGACACACUUUUCUAAUACCCAUCGAUGAGGGUUUCAAGCAAACCACACGCAGCAGUCUGGUGGACAACAAAGUCAUCGACGGACACGUCAUACCGAACAAUGUAAUAUUUACGGCGGCCGCGCAAAUUGAAGUGCCACAAACCACAGCCGCAUUUGAGGACAAUCUCAAAGUAACAGUUAGUUUCUUCAAACAAAAGGACGGCAAAAUGUACGUCAAAUCAAAUACUAUUUUAGGCGAUUCGAAGCACUCCACUGGUGUUGUGCUAGCGGAAAUUGUCAAGGGCAAUAUUCCGGUGCGUAAUGGUGUGGUGCAUCUGAUUCAUCGGCCACUAAUGAUAAUUGAUUCGACGGUGACGCAAUUCCUACAGGACAAUGAAAAUGGUGCUCUACGCAAAUUUUAUGACGUAAUUAUGGAUAAUGGCGGCGAGGUAUUAACUGAUAUUAGCAACUUAGGCGAGAUUACAAUUCUAGCGCCUAGCAACGAUGCUUGGGAGGCAAAGGAUGUACAAAACCUCAUAAGAAAUCGUGAGAGGUUACGCGACAUCCUGAAUAUGCACAUUAUCAAGGAUAAGUUGAAUGUGGAGCGCAUUCGCCAGAAGAAUGCGAAUAUUAUUGCUCAGGUGCCAACCGUCAAUAAUCGUACAUUUUUAUAUUUCAAUGUCAACAAUGAAAAUGGGGAAGAAGUAAUAACCGUUGAAGGAGGUGGUGUUAAUGCUACAAUUCUUCAGGCUGAUGUGGCUCAGACUAACGGCUACGUUCACAUUAUUGAUAAGGUCUUGGGCGUUCCUUACACCACUGUACUUGGAAAACUCGAAACUGAUCCCAUGAUGAGCGAUACUUUCAAGUUGGGACAGUUCUCUUCAUUCAAUAAUCAGCUGAACAACACCCAACGUCGCUUCACCUACUUUGUGCCGCGUGAUAAGGGUUGGCAAAAGACCAAACUGGACUAUCCAUCGACACACAAGAAACUCUUCAUGGAAGACUUUUCCUACCACUCCAAAUCAAUAUUGGAACGCCACUUGGUGAUUGCGGAUAAUGUCUACACGAUGAAGGACUUGGUAUCUAUGACAGCUGCGUCGGGCGACUCAAUUUUGUUGCCUACCUACAGAGAUUCGUUGAAGGUGAAAGUAGAGGAGGAAGCUGGACAUCUUCAUGAUGAAUAUGCUUCACAUGAGUGGACUGGCUAUGUGAUCACUUGGAACUUCAAGAAGAUCAACGUCUACAGACCGGAUGUUGAGUGCACCAACGGUAUAAUACACGUCAUCGACUAUCCCAUGCUUGAGGAGCGGGAUGUUGUCGUCAACGGAGGUUAGGCAUUAAACCUAGCAACCUUCAACUACUACACUACAUACUCACAUUGUGUAGGUAAUGCGCAGAUCUAUCUGCAUUGAUGUGUGUGUACCAUAAUUCUCAGAUCACAUUCCGAUACUGUUCAACAUUGUUAUUGCUUACGUUAACGAUUACGGUUUUUAAUUCUUCUACUACUACAUACAUAUAGUAAUGGUAUUUAAUUAACAUUUAAAUUACAGUUGUUCAAAUAAAUCAAAUAAAAUUAACUAAAACAAACCAAAAGAUUGAUAAUGAAAUUCAAUAAGUAAUUAGUUAAGCCUAAAAUGAUAUGAAUAAAAAAUUAAUAAAUUGAAAAAAAUAAAAUAAAAUAAAUGAAUACCAAAAAAACAAAAACAAGAAAAAAAUGGAAUUAAAUAUUAUGUUGCAUAAUACUGUGCAUAUUUAAGUAGCUAAAGCAAUUGCAAUAAUAAAAUUAUCGAACAUAAUAAAUAUACCAAUAAGUAGCUACAUACAUACAUACGUACGCGCAUUCAAUGUGGUAUGCAAAAAAAUUGCGCUGUAGACUAAAGCAUUGUAGGCUAAAUGAAAUUUAUUAUGGUGUGAGUGGUAAGCUAAUCCAAAUCUAUGGCAGCAAAAUAAAUGCAAUAUUUGUAAAACAUAAGUUAGAUUAUUUCCAGAAAUUCACUUUUACUAACAUUCUUAAGUAAACCUUUUGCAAAAUAGAAAAUGUGGAGAAAAUUUCAAUGAAAUUUAUUUUCUGAAUUGCCUUUUUCGCUGAGAUACAUUUACAACAAAACAGCUACAACAUUUGUAUGUAUGACCAGAGUGCGUUCUUUAGACUCAAGCUGCAAUUAGUGGUGACAUACCCACUGUACAGCAACAUAAGUAAAAACACUCGCAGCUGGUUGCCAGAAAUGUUCACAGAGAUCACCUGAUUCCAAAACGCGUUUUUCUGUGAAAUGGUUGCAUAAAAAUUAUUCAAUUUCAUAGAAAAUUGUAUCAAAAAGUUUAAAAAUUACGUAAAAAUUCAGAUAUUUCUCAAUAAAAAGCAUAGAAAAACUAAGAAAUAUAUUAAAAAUAUUUGUUAUUGUAAAUUUUCAAAGUCGAAGAUAUAAUUAGGCAUUUUUUUCUAUUUUUGUAAUGUUACCAUAAAAAUUCUAAUUUGGCAUUGCAACGCUCAAGCAAAACAAAAAACAAGCACUUAUACCAUCACACACUUGACUGCCUUUCAAACAUCAAGGCUGCCGUCAAGAAAUAGGAAGUAGAAGAAGAAGAGUGUUUUUACUUGUAUUUUUGUACAAUGGCCAUACCUUUAGCCUUAACUACAACAAGAGCAAUCAGCUAUUCUGAUCAAACAUAUGGGCAUCACUGUAAAUGAUUACAGGUUCGGCAAUA